AUGCUGGAUGGGAGAUGCGGUGGCAUGGCAGAUCAAGCUGCAGUGGCUGUGGCAAGUGCAGGAGCUGAGCAGAGUCCAAGCGUGGUAGACAGGUGCUCGACAGGAGACGACAAGGCAGAUCAAGCUGCAGUGGCUGUGGCAAGUGCAGGAGCUGAGCAGAGUCCAAGCGUGGUAGACAGGUGCUCGACAGGAGACGACAAGGCAGAUCAAGCUGCAGUGGCUGUGGCAAGUGCAGGAGCUGAGCAGAGUCCAAGCGUGGUAGACAGGUGCUCGACAGGAGACGACAAGGCAGAUCAAGCUGCAGUGGCUGUGGCAAGUGCAGGAGCUGAGCAGAGUCCAAGCGUGGUAGACAGGUGCUCGACAGGAGACGACAAGGCAGAUCAAGCUGCAGUGGCUGUGGCAAGUGCAGGAGCUGAGCAGAGUCCAAGCGUGGUAGACAGGUGCUCGACAGGAGACGACAAGGCAGAUCAAGCUGCAGUGGCUGUGGCAAGUGCAGGAGCUGAGAAGAGUCCAAGCGUGGUAGACAGGUGCUCGACAGGAGACGACAAGGCAGAUCAAGCUGCAGUGGCUGUGGCAAGAGCAGGAGCUGCAUCCGAUUCCUCAUCACUUCCACCUCCCCCAGAUGAGCCUCCCUUGCUUCCUCCCCCUUGGCCCUCCUCUCCCUUCCCUCCCGCCUUCUCUCCUCCCCCCUCGUUAUCCUGCAACCACCGCUCCCACGAGCCCUCCCCUUGCACACCACUGCUUCCACCAGAGAGCUGGGGACCUGGUGGGGAUGGCAGGGAUGGCAGGGACGGGAAGAUCAGGCUUGGAAGAGCAGGGAUAGGAGGGAUGGAUGGAUGA